UGGAAAAUUCUAGAUCGCGAGUUUAACCAAACAGAAGGAAAAAACAAUUAAAUUGACUAAAACAACUUUGACGCUGAGAACAGAAUCUUUACGAAGCCAUUGGUUUUUCACUGGAAUUUUUUUAAAAAGUUGUCUCUGAGAAAAUCUCUACAAAGCCACCGGUUUUUCACCGGAAAUUGUACAUACCUUAGCAAUAUUAAGGUUCGUUGUUAUAAACGGUCGAUUCGAUCAUGUGUCAAACGAUAUUGUUAUAAUGUCGUGCAUGAUGUCAACGUGACAUAAAAUGUUUGGUGUUUAACUUAACGAUCUCAGUCUUGAUGCUCUUGUUCUCGUUCAUAUUAUUAAUAAUUUAAGUAGUCGUACUGUCUUCGUUUUGAGAUUUUUGAAGGAAGUCUUUCCCAUUGGCGCCAUUGCAAAGGAGCUCAUUCAACACCUGCUGAGUCGUAAUUAUGAGUCUGCUUUGAAACUGAUCUAAAGUGCUUCAUUCCGUAUAAUAUCAUGACUUGUUACGCAGAUUACAGUCUAAAUGUUUCUUCUUUGGUAAAUUGUCUUUUGUAAUGUGAAUUUCCUUCGCCAACCACGUCAAGUUUAUUGUGUGAUUGGUAGAUACCUAUUCGAACGAUGGACAUCAAAUUAUGGAUUUCAGAUCUUCAUUUUUUCAUCGCAGUUGCCUUUAUCAUACAGGUACAAUAUGGCAUUAUUACAUGUUCUUCAAAUUGCUCAGAUGGCUGGGUAAAGUUCGGAAGAUUCUGCUACAUCUUUAGUAACAAAAGCCUCAAUAGAACAGAAGCGGUAGACGAGUGCGAAAAUUACGACUCACAUAUUACGAUUUUGAGGGAUGAAGAAGCAAACAAUUUCUUGGUGUCACGCAUGGAAAGUUCUUCCGCUUGGCUUGGGCUAAGCGACGAAGCUAGCGAAGGGAACUUUGUAUGGCCUUUUAACAAAUCUAUAGAUAAAUAUUCGUACCAGAACUGGAACGAUAGCCAUCCUAAAACGGGUAACGCUGGUGAAAAUGUCGACUACGUUGAAAUCGACAAAAGCACUGGGAAAUGGAAUAACAUAUAUGGAAACGAGUCUAUAGGAAAUAUAUGCGAGAAACUCGCUGAACAAUCCCCCGGUGAGAAUUGUACCACUAAUGCACUUGGAAUGGAGUACGAAGGCAUUCCUGACGAUAACAUAACAUCUAAUAAAGACGAUGGACAAAAUCUAGCACCAUACGGUCGACUGGGACACUCAAGUGGCUGGUGUACUUUGCCUAACCAGCCAGUAGAGGGAUAUCUACAAGUCACUUUGAGUACCAUUUUCUUUAUAUGUGCCUUUGCCACUCAAGGCCACUUUAAGAGUGACAUCGGUUUUGUUAAAACAUACAAACUUAAGCUAUCUACAUCUGAGAAUGAGUGGGAUUUUUACAGGAACAAGGAUGACGCUGAGAUCAUUGUCUUUAAAGGAAAUACCGUUAACUAUAAAAAAGAGAAACAACUGCUUCAAGAUGGUGUGAUGGCUAAAGAAGUGCGUUUCUGGCCAGAAACGUAUCAACAAAAACCUUGUAUGAGAGUUGAGAUAUUCGGAGAGGAAGCUAGACCAGAUGCGACGCUCUUCCCAGAAGGUAUUGAAGUGAUGAACACAACUUACAACUACCUGGAUGUCCGGUGGAGGGACACUCGUCCAAACUUCUUCCUCUAUGGCCGCCUUCAGGGAUACCUAGUUACUCUAGAAAAUAUGGACGACCCUAGUGAAGAGGAAACUUUGAUAUUUACCAGCUGUCACUCAGAAGGGAUAAAUAUCACUAAUCUAAAGGAAAAUACGACGUACUGUGUUUAUAUAGCGGCUUUUACUGAACACGGAAAAGGGAACAGUACCUCGUGUAUGAUGGCAGUUACCGGAGAAAAACCAAAAGUGGAUUUCACUGCAUUCAACGAAAGUUCCACAUCUAUUAGGUUGAACUGGAAGGGAGAAAUACCUCUUCCCAUUAAUGACAGCGUUGACAGAGGAAUUAAAAUAGAUUAUUACCCCAGCACAGAGGAAAAUUUAACACUUAGCACACUAUUUUGCGACGAUAGUACGACCAACGAGUUCAGUAAUUUGCGCAUAUUUACCAACUACUGUUUUAGCGUCGUCGCUUUCUACAAUGAUGACAUUGUUACUAAGUUAGAUAACACGAAAUGCGUGUACACGGACGAAGAAGCUCCCCGCGGACCACCUUUGGAUGUCAAAGCUCAAAAUGCAAGUUCCACCGGUAUCAACGUAACGUGGCAACCAGUUGAAGAGAAGUUACAAUAUGGAAUUAUACUUGGGUACCGUAUCAGAUACAAAAAAGAAGCUUCGGCGGCGCCAUUAAUUCUGCGAAGACGUCGAAGCAUAGACCUCCUUGAAACCGAAGUGCUUGGAGGAAACAAUCUUACUUGGACACUGGAAGGACUGGAAAUGUUCACUAACUACUGCAUUCAAGUUUUGGGUUUUAACAGUAAAGGUGACGGAAAUACGAGUGACUCGAUCUGCGUUAUGACAGACGAGGACGUGCCCACUAUGCCACCAAACAUCAUAGGGGGAUUCAAUCUCAGCUCAACAAGCCUUACAAUCGAAUGGAGUCACAUACCUCCUGAAUUUGUCAAUGGCAUUCUGUUAGGGUAUCUGAUUGCGUACCAGAUAAGCAACGAGGCUGGCAGUUCCCAAAACGUUCCCAUAGAACUCGAACUUGGCGAGUUGUCUAAGAAUAUUACAGACUUACUUGUGUACACUGAGUACUGUGUUCGUAUAGCUGGGAGAACGAGAAUUGGGACUGGAAACUGGAGUGAGUGUUUCAACAUUACGACAGACGAGGAAGCACCAUCUUCACCGCCAAUUGACGUAGCGGUUAUCGAAGGGACCAUUCCCAAUACCAUAAAUAUGUCGUGGAACCCACCUUCCGAGCUCAACGGCAAGUUAACUGGAUACAAAAUCGUCAUUAAUCGCACUUUAGAGAACGGUACUCUACAAACAACAGAAAUUGUGACUUGUGCCAACAAGGCCACUGUAACUGGAAUCGAUAAGCGUAAUGAAUACAAGAUCAAAGUAGCUGCCAGCACAAGGAAAGGGUUAGGACCUUUCAGUGAAUGCAUAGUGUAUGGAGAAAAAUGCGAUUGUCCAGAAACUUUACAAGUUGUGGCAAAACCUAGUCAUCUAGACGAACAUGAUGGCGUAGGUUCGUUGGCAGCGCUCAUCGAGUCCUUGAUCAUAGACGCGUGUGGCAUCUGUGAACAUUAUGAAAAUGGCGGGAAAACAAAGAUAAAUAGAACGUUGGCAAAAGAUACCAAUAUAACAUUUCCAGUAAUAAGAUACCUCGAUGGCGCUGAAUCAACAACUGAAAGUAGGUUUGUGACUGUAAUCGAGGUGCCAGGUCUCGCAGUAAUUCACAGGAAGCCGGAGAAGAAGUUAGGUUUCUAUGAAGAAGUGAUGGGUUCGUCCGUCGUGAACUCUUGGCCCAUAUUUGCAAUUUUUGGAACAAUGACACUUGCAGCUGGCAUGCUGAUUUGGAUACUGGAUGUGAAUACCAACCCGGAAGAAUUUCCACCGUCAUUCCUCAAAGGAGUUGGUGAAGGAUCAUGGUGGGCAUUUAUCACCAUGACAACGUUGGGGUAUGGAGAUCGAACUCCUAAGUCAGAUGCAGCUAAGGCGUUCGCCAUGAUCUGGUUUUUAGUCGGACUGGUCAUGUUCGGGUUGUUUUCUGCUGCAGUUACUGCUGCUCUCACUGUGGUUGUUGUAAAUGGAGGACCCGCUGCUGAAUCAGAGAAAUUGCUGAACGAAGACAAUGCCAAGAUGAAGACGAUAUGA